GCUUCUUCACUUUGACUCUGAUUUGCUAAUUGAGCAUACCUACUUGAUCAACAUGCUGGUUGCUUUAAUUCUACUUUUUCAACAAAUAGUGUUGGGUACAGCAGAACUUAUAGUCUACCCGGUAGCUACAGGCUAUAUAGCAUCAGAUAAAUUCUCUGUCCAGAUUAAACAAGGUUCAGAAGCAUUUCAAGACAGUUUUGUAUACAUCAGUCAUUCCAAUAACCGCGUGGGACAAGACUAUAGAGUAAGACCUGACAGAACCUUGUCCUGGUCAUCAUUUGGAUUCACUGAAUGUCCGGUUCUUGUAAUUGUAGUAACCAACAGAGAUUUUAAUGAGUGCCUGGUACGCCCAAAGAGUUAUGGAAUUACUUGUUCGAAAACAGGGGAGAAAGCAGCAUCUUUUGAAAUGACAUCUAACACACAGAAGAUCUCAGUUGAAUUUGAUUAUGAUUACGGAGGCCUGCAUUCGGAUAUAGUGGAUAAGCUCCUGAUCUUCGCCAAUCCUCAAGAAACGAAUGUCCCAGACCGUACGGACCCGAAUGUUAUAUAUUAUGAAUCUGGCGUAUACAAUCUGCAUGGCCCACUCGAACUGAGACCCAAUAUACGACAUGUGUAUCUAGCUCCCGGUGCUGUCGUUCACGGCGGUUUUAAGACUUCGAGAGGACAGUCUGUCACUAUAAGUGGUCGAGGAAUAUUGUCGGGAUCAAAGUACGAAUUCAAAGAUCGACGAUUUCCUUGGGCUCUAGUAGAUACUGAUGAAGGAAGCAAUCACACAGUAGAAGGCAUCACGAUGGUCGAUCCGAUGAAUUUUUUCUACAGAGGACUGAGUUCUUUUAAUGUAUUAAGAAACAUCAAAACAGUUGCUGCUUGGACGCACCACUCUGCCGGUGCAGCGCUUGGACCUCAUGGACUGAUAGAGGAUUCAUUCUUUCAUGAUAACGAUGAUUCUAUUAAGGCCUACAAUACCGGACUGAUAGUUCGACGUUGUGUAAUUUGGCAAUCCCAGAAUGGUGCCGUCUUCCAAUUCGGCUGGUGGGUACAGAGAAGAGCGAGGGACAUUUCAAUAAGCGAUAUAGACGUCAUACACACAGAUUGGUGUACGUUCAAGAAUCAAAACUGUGGGCUAUCACCAAACAAUGCAAUAUUGAAUGUGGGUCGGAGAACUAAAUUUUUCAGUGUCACCAAUGUGACUAUUUCAGACGUUAGAGUAGAAGGUCAAUGUCCAAGAAUAUUCUAUUUCGUUUUGGAACCAAUGGCGACUGGUACGCUGACUAAUUUUCACCUAAACAGAUGGUCUAUCGAGUCGCAGCCUGAGACUACGAUGCUAUACAAUGAACUUAGAGGGUCUUCUGGAGGUAGACUCCAGAAUUGGUUCUUCGAUAAUAUCACAAUAGCAGGGCAAUGUAUCGAUAACCCGACAUCGGCGAAUAUUCGUGUUGAUCCAAAUACAAGAUCUGAUAUCUAUUUCAGAUGCUCACAAUAA